UCUGUUAUCGAUAAAUCAGCCAAAUCCAUAAUCGAUAUGGACGAUGCCCUAUUGACCACCGUCAGCUCGGUAUGUGGCUAUCUUUCCUUCACCAUCUGGCUCUUUGCCCAGCUCCCCCAGAUCAUUGAAAACCAUCUAAAUCAAUCGGUGGCCGGGGUCAAUGUUCUAUUCCUAUCCAGUUGGGUAGCAGGUGAUAUCACCAAUCUUGUCGGAUGCCUCUUGACACGGGCCUUGCCAUUCCAGACUCUUAUUGCCACCUACUACUGCUUCAUCGAUGUGGUUUUGUGUUUCCAAUUCUACUACUAUACCCGCAUCUUCCCGUAUCAUAAAACACCCCAUAACCUUUUACAGAGUCCCAACAUGCUUCGCCAUCCGCUGCACCAAAGGUCCCCCCAUGAGGUAUCCAAUUUGCUUGGAAGCACCGCGAGAAAACCACGCCGUUCCAGCAUUUUAAAUAUCCUUUCAACGGGAUUACUUGCUAAACGGGCAAAUGCUGCUCCCAUAUCUCAGUUUGUGGCAGUCAGCUCGGGUUUAUGGCUUUCUUCCGACGCCAUUGGAAAGAUACUGGCGUGGACUUGCACGGCCUUCUACUUAUCUGCUCGGCUUCCCCAAAUAAGAACCAACUUCAAGAACAAAUCGACGUCGGGAAUCUCCCCGUACUUAUUUAUAUUUGCCAUGGCCGGUAAUUCCUUCUACACCGCGUCACUCACCACCGACCUUUUCCUCUUGUACAGAAACCACGACAAGGAGGUGAUGCCGACUUUUUGGGACCAGCUUCCAUUUUUAAUGGGAAGCGGAGGAACGGUUCUAUUUGAUUGCAUGAUUCUUUGCCAAUGCUGGUACUACAAAGCCAACAACACCAACAGAAGAGCCCCCAAACACCACCGGAGCCAGCCAAGUGUUGCUGGAGGAUUCCAGAAGCCCGACUGGUACGUGAAUAAUUUUGUGUACGAAGACGAAGAACACGAAGAACCGCAUUAUCAAAAAGUCAUUGAAUCACUUGCCCCACACCACUACAUAGUGGGGCUGGCAUCUUCCAAUGCCAAUAACCUUUCUUCGAGGCCAUCAUCCAUCAUCAACUCAUUUUCUAAGUCCAUGAGAUCCAAUUCUUCGUCGAUUCAUUCUCCGGUUCUUCAAACUCAUCUCAUUCCUUCCAUCAUCAACAGUUAUUCGUCGGUGAGCAAGAAGAUGGCCAAUGACAAGACGCCGUUUCUGCCGUCAGACUUCUUGAAUGACGGGUUCCAUGUUCCGAUUGAGAACCUGCUGUUCAGUCUAAACAAUGCCGGCAGUUACAAGGGAUAGAAGAAAGGUCCAUAGAAUUUCUAGCAAACAGCAUAUCUAAAGUCGACUACGUAAGUAUCUAUUCUCUAGAUCUUCAACACAAACUUCCACGAAGUGGUUCCAGACUCCAAUUCUUUGGCCACUUUGGGGUAGUCUUUCAAGUCAUGCACAACCGGUUGCUUGUAAGUGACUUUUCCAGAUUUAUGGUCACUGACAACCUUGUCAAAGAAAUAGUUAAACGUCUUCUUGUCUUGAAGAUACCCAAACACCACAGGUCUGGCAACCACAUGGUUUUUGGCGCUCAAGGUGCCGAGGUCAAUAGGAGGAACCAAUCCACUAGCAUUUCCGUAACUCACCAAGACAUCGUAGUUUUCACUAUGUUCGUUGAUGAGGACAACUUUUUGGGUUUCUGGGAGAGCUGACAUGAUUUUUCUUGUUCUUGAGUUGUUCAAUUGAGGAAAUAGGAUUCAAUUGGAUUCAAUA